GCAAGACCAAGGUUUAUACAACAGCCACUGCGCCCUACACACUCCCUUAUGUAAGCAUCCCACCGCCUUGUUCCCCUUCCUUUCCCCGGUUCACCCAUGGCCUCUCUUCUCCGUAAUCACUCUCUUCUGUAUUUCUACAUAGCUUUCUGGUGCAGCGGGCCCCAUCCGAAUUCGCCGGUAGAGACAUUACCAUUCUGUCCUCCCACCUUGGCCCCAGCUAGUCCUGAUACGGUACCCGGCCCCCCUGUGCCGGGUGUGAACCACAGUAUCAACCUCUCUUGUCCAAGAUAAUCGCCUCGAGGGAAGACAGCGUGUGCAUUCGAUAGCGCGGAUCAUGACGGACAACUGCUCAUCGUCGCAUAUCCACCACCGCCGGCUUCUCUCCUCGUAUCAGCCAUGUCAUCUC